AGCCGCUUUGGCCCAGCCCCCAAGCUCGCCUCGGCGGGACACCCGCCGCUCGACGGCGCUAUGCUUGCCAGCCUGCCAUGCGUCGGGCCCCAGAGGGGCCUGGCUGCGGCCGAUGCCCCUCGGAGGCAGGACGUCUGGGCCGCCGUUGCCCCUUGCGAAGCAGGACGCGUCGCAGUCUUCUGGGUCCCCGUCGACGAGGAGGUCGAGGAGGAGCGGGCGCCAGCUGGACCAUCAGACCGUCGCCUCGCAGGAGGACGUGGACCUCAUCCACAGGAUCGACGUCAUGCUGUCGAGCACGGCCGCGUGCUCGAAGGCCUGUGGCGCCGCCUUCCUCCGGCUGGCCUCCCCCGGCCGCGCCGGGGGGGGCCCCGGGGAUCUCGAGGCCGAGGCCGCGGUGUGGCGCGAGAGUCUGCCGGCCUGCCUGGAGUAGGGUCCCUGUGAAGCACCAUGAGAUCUUCCUGACGGUCCUGUCGCGCGAGGAGCGGUUCCAGUCGCAGCCGGGACCGCUGAGCUUCAGCGCCUUCCAGGCGCUGGUGGUGAAGGGGCUGCGCCGCAUCCGCGAGAUGUAUUGCAUCCCCCUCGAGAAAGGCAAGUUCGUGACCCAGAACCAGCGGCUUUUCGAGUCCGAGUAUGAGCAGUCGUUCUUUGUGGGCAGCGGUGGCUUCGGAAGAUGUGCGUGGGUCGUGCAGAAGACCACGCGGGCCGAGAGGGUGGCUAAGAUAAUAGACAAGGAGCGCUGCGCGAUGCCGCUGGAGGAGAUAGAGCAGGAGCUCGACAUCCUUCGAGAUCUGGACCACCCGCACAUCGUCCGGUGCUUCGAGUGGUUCGAGUCGGGGAGCGAAUUCGUCAUCGUCAUGGAGGUGGCGCGCGGCGGCGAUUUCGACAAGGCGCUGAAGGCGGCGCAGAAGGCAGGGCGCCGCGGUCUGUCAGAGGGAAUGGUGAGCGUACUCUGCCAGCAAGGCUUUGGCGCCCUGGCGUACAUCCAUUCGAAGAAGGUGAUUCACCGUGACCUGAAGCCAGCGAAUAUCUUCAUGCUGAAGAAGGACGAGAAUCCGCCGCACGUCCUCGUUGCGGAUUUCGGGAUCGCCGACAUCUUCCACUUCGGCGCCGCCGCCGCCAGACUCACCGAGUCGCACAAGAAGGGCACAUGGCCGUACAUGGCUCCAGAGAUCUUCGAGGACCUCGUCAGCCCGAAGUCGGACGUGUGGGCCAUGGGCGUCGUGUCCUGGGAGCUGCUCACCGGGGAGAAGCCGUUCGGUGUCAAGCCCUUCGAGGUGCACGCCACCGUCUGCGACGACGACCCCAUCGACUUCGGCCCGGUCGCCGAGGCUGCGGCCACCAGGGGCCCGGACGGGGCCGUCGCCUUCCUCGAGCGGCUGCUGGUGCGGGACGAGGCGGCGAGGCUCACGGCGCACGAGGCGCAGGUGGCCGCCGAGCGCUGGGCCCCGCCGGGCGGCGGAUGCAGGUCCGACCACAGGGGCUCCAUGGAGUCCCUCUGCGUGGACCUCGAGGAGUCCAUGGACCUCCAGGGGCUCCAGGACGGCGGCGCAUUCUCGAAGGCAGCCAUGCUCUGCAUGGCCAGCCAGAUGGACUCGUCGACCAUCGAGCGGCUCGCCGAUCGCUUUGACCGCAUCGAUGCCGACCGCGACGGCAGGAUCUCCGUCGUGGAGUUUGCCGCCUCGUUCCGCGAGCUGGGCUACAGCGAAGGCGACAUCGAGACCAUGGUGGCCUCCUUGGACGUGGACCACGACGGGGAGGUCGAGUACAACGAGUUCGUGGCGGGCUGCAUCGGGGCCGACAGGCACCUGCAGGAGACGGCGCUCAGAGCCGCCUUCUCCGUGUUUGACGUGGACGGCGACGGCUCCAUACAGAUCGAGGAGUUCGAGCAGAUCCUGGGCGCCGAGGGCUCGCAGUCGCUGCUGCCCGACGGGAUGCGCAUCGAUCAGGAGUUCGCGAAGGUAGACACCUCCAGCGACGGGCGGAUAACGUACGAGGAGUUCAAGGCCUUCGUCGAGAAGCUCCACCGGGAGCAUGCGUCCCGCGAGGCGGCUGGAGCCGGCGGGCCCCUGGGCAGGCUGCGAGCCCGCCGCCAGGAGCUCGCGGCGGAGACGGCGCAGUACAAGGCGCUGCACGCGAGGGUCGACGGCAUGAACGCGCGGCUGCAGGAGCUGCUGGCUGGCCGCUGAGCGGACACUCCAGCCUCGGCUGGCGCCGAGGGGGCCGCCGCCAAGUGCGCCU